UGGCUAGAGUAACUUUUCCUGCCCAAAAUCAUAUGUUAUAGGUCGAGUAACUCGGCUGCUGUAACGUUCUGACAGUCCGGAUCAUCUCGGCCUCGAUCGGGCCUUCUCUUAUCACACUAAAGUGUUCGCGAUCCGCUGGACAUCAUUCCGAAAAACAGUUCAAAUUAAUGACCAGAAAUGAUUGAAACAUUCAGCGCGAUUGGGAUCACUAACACGUCCCCACACGUACGAAUCCCACGCUUCUGUAAACAGUACGUUUGCUAGUAGAUCCGUUAGCCACCUUUGUUUUCAAAAUUUUGAAUCUCUCCACAAAAACCAUGGUUUUCUUCCUCUGGUUCUUGGAAAGCCCGUGAAUCUAAUAAUGCUAGAAAAACCCAUUUCUAACCUUCUCUGCAAACGACUUCCUCGCUUGAACUUCUCUGAUUCAAUCUGCAAUUAUUCUUUUCCUGCUACCCAAAUCCUCUCAAAACCAAAACCCAGAAAACCCACCUCUCCAAACAGCAGAAGUCGCAAAUGUCUCAUUUUCUGCAACUCCCAGAUCACCAAAAAUGGAAGGAACGGGAAUCUAGAAGAGGCCGAAUCUGUAUUCAAUCGUAUGCCUAUCAGAGACGUUGUCUCCUGGACAGCAUUGCUCACGGCAUAUGCAGACAAUGGCAAGACUGAAACAGCCCGGAUGUUGUUCGACAGAAUGCCUGAAAGAAACAUUGCUUCGUGGAAUGCAAUGAUCACGGCCUAUGUACAUAGCCUCCAGAUUGCAGAAGCUUUCGAGCUGUUUUCACAGAUGCCAGACCGGAACCCGGUUUCUUACACUGCAAUGAUCACGGGUUUUGUCCGUGUGGGGUUGUUAAGUGAGGCCAAGAAACUGUACUCUGAGAUGCCUCUGAUUGGGCGGGACCCGGUUGCUUCGAAUGCUCUGAUUUCGGGAUAUUUGAAGAUUGGAAAUUUGGAAGAGGCAGUUUGGGUUUUUGAGCGGAUGUUGGAGAGAGAUGUGGUAUCCUGGAGCUCGAUGGUAGAUGGGUAUUGCAAGAAAGGAAGAAUUGCGGAUGCUAGAGCAGUUUUUGAGGUGAUGCCAGAGCGGAAUGUGGUUUCUUGGACAGCGAUGAUUGAUGGGCAUUUAAAGAAUGGAGCGUGGGAAGAUGGAUUUGGAACAUUUUUAAGGAUGAGAAGGGAAGGCAUGGGAGUCAAUUCCAUGACACUGACAGUAAUUUUUGAUGCUUGUGCCGAUUUUGGUAGAUUUAUAGAAGGCGUUCAGGUUCAUGGAUUGGUUCUAUCAAUGGGUUUUGAAUGGGAUGUCUUUCUAGGCAAUUCCAUGAUCACCAUGUAUUCUAGUGCCGGUUGGAUGGAUGCUGCUAAAACUAUAUUCAAUAUCAUGAACAAGAAAGAUAUAGUUUCUUGGAAUUCCCUUAUUGCUGGCUAUGUCCAAAAUGAUAAAAUUGAAGAGGCUUAUGCACUCUUUGAGAAGAUGCCGAAUACAGACGUUGUUUCUUGGACUGCUAUCGUUGUUGGAUUCUUAAAUAGAGGGAGGAUUGAAGAAUCCAUCCGUAUUUUCAAAGACAUUCCGGCAAAAGAUGAUGUAGCCUGGACAGCAAUCAUCUCAGGGUUCGUGGGUAAUGAGGACUAUGAAUGUGCGUUUCAUUGGUUUGUUCAGAUGGUUCAAGAAGGAAUUAAGCCCAAUUCUCUUACUUUCAGCAGUAUGCUGAGUGCAUCGGCAGGUUUGGCAGCUUUGAAUCAAGGAAUGCAGAUUCAUGCCUGUGUUUUAAAGACAGAUUUGGGGUCCAACAUUUCCGUUCAAAAUUCCCUUGUUUCUAUGUAUGCAAAAUGUGGUAAUGUUGACGACGCAUAUACAAUUUUUACUGGUAUUGGUAAGCCGAACCUUGUUUCCAUGAACUCAAUGAUUACAGGGUUUGCCCAGCAUGGGUUUGGGCAAGAAGCAUUACGAUUAUUUAGAGAAAUGAAGAUCAAUGGCUACCAACCCAAUGAGAUUACAUUCCUAGGCAUUCUUUCAGCUUGUGUUCAUGCAGGUUUAGUCGAGGAAGGAUGGGAACACUUCAAAUCUAUGAGCUCUUCUUAUUGCAUCGAACCAGGGCCUGACCACUACACGUGCAUGGUUGAUCUCCUUGGGCGGGCCGGAUUGCUUAAGGAAGCAAUGGAUCUGAUUGAUUCGAUGCCAUUUCAGCCUCAGUCGGCUGUAUGGGGAGCUCUACUCGGAGCUAGUAGGAUCCACGAGGACCUUGGGCUUGCAAAGCUCGCGGCCCGACGCCUUUUUGAAUUGGAGCCUGAUGGUGCAACAGCUUAUGCAGUACUAUCAAACAUGUAUUCAAAAGCUGGGUUAAAGAAGGAUGAGGAAGAGCUGAGGAUGAUCAAGAAAUCAAGAAGGGUGAAGAAGAACCCCGGUUGCAGUUGGAUUACAGUGAAUAACAAAGUUCACUUGUUCCUCGCAGGGGAUCAGUCCAACACAAAAUUCAAAGAGAUUCAGGUCAUGCUAAGAAAGAUUGCAGUGGAAAUGGUAGAUGGUGAGCAGUGAAACUGAAGAAUGACAAAUAGUCUUGAGUGGGCCAAUGUGGCAUGUGUGUGUCAGACCCAAGCUGUUCAUCAGAUGAUCCCCAGUGUGGUUCUCAUUCCCUACUCUAGCCUGUGGAGGCUGAUUCAACCCAUAUCAUAAGUGAAUUCCAUACCUGAUCGAUUUAAAAUUCUCCCACCAGCCAGUGUGGGUCACUACCUGGGAGAAUGAGACUUAAAAAUUAAAGGCAAUUCUACAUGCCAUGAGCCAAACAAUCAGGUCCGACUUGAUGAUGAUGUGCCGUUUACAUAAUGAGCCCACUUGGUGAAUGUACAGAACUUGGACACAUGUCAGAAGAGUACUUGUGUGAGAAGCCAAAGCAGGGCCUAAAGGUAAUCAUUGCAGAACUGUUGGUUCAUGCCAAAAUCGGAUGAGACGAUGAGCAGUGGAUUAAAGAUGAACACAGAAACAGAACAAGUCAAUACAUCCAACAGUACUGCAUUUUGAAAUCUGUAAUUGGCGAACGCUGGAAAAGAUUGAAAAAUGUAUAUUAAUUUUUAAAUUUCUAUUCAGAAAUACAAAAUUUGAGGCAAGUUCAAAGAA